GAGCGGGAGGCCGGGCCUCGGGCCGCCGGGCGCCGUCACCGCCGCGGGACCGGGGGGAGCGCGGCGCGCGCCGAGGCGGGGGCGGAGGAGUGGGCGGGCCCGGCCGGGCUGGGGGCGGGGAGGCUGGGGAAGGCAGGGAGCCGGGUCGCCGGCGCUCGGGUCCGCCUCUGACUGCGGCGCGGCGGGGCGAUGUGUGAUCACCAUGGCGAGGAGUCUCUGUCCGGGAGCCUGGCUGAGGAAACCCUGUUACCUCCAGGUUGGUCUCUUUUCCCUCUUGGCCUCUCACCUGAGUGGAUGGCUGAGCCUCUGUGUGGGGCAGGAUGCAUUGGCUGGCCUGCUUGCUCUAUGGCCCGCUUCUCAUACGUGCGAAUGAAAUAUCUUUUCUUUUCCUGGUUGGCGGUUUUUGUUGGAAGCUGGAUUAUAUAUGUGCAAUACUCUACCUAUACAGAACUAUGCAGAGGAAAGGACUGUAAGAAAAUAAUAUGUGAUAAGUACAAGACUGGAGUUAUUGAUGGGCCUGCAUGUAACAGCCUUUGUGUUACAGAAACUCUUUACUUUGGAAAAUGCUUAUCCACCAAGCCCAGCAAUCAGAUGUACUUAGGGAUUUGGGAUAAUCUACCAGGUGUUGUGAAAUGUCAGAUGGAACAAGCACUUCAUCUUGAUUUUGGAACUGAAUUGGAACCAAGAAAAGAAAUAGUGCUAUUUGAUAAACCAACAAGGGGAACUACUGUCCAGAAAUUCAAAGAAAUGGUCUACAGUCUCUUCAAAGCAAAGUUGGGCGACCAAGGAAACCUCUCUGAACUGGUUAAUCUGAUCUUGACGGUGGCUGAUGGCGACAAAGAUGGCCAGGUUUCUCUGGGAGAAGCGAAGUCAGCAUGGGCACUUCUUCAAUUAAAUGAAUUUCUUCUCAUGGUGAUACUUCAAGAUAAAGAGCACACCCCCAAAUUAAUGGGAUUCUGUGGUGAUCUCUAUGUGAUGGAAAGUGUUGAAUAUACCUCUCUUUAUGGAAUCAGCCUCCCAUGGGUCAUUGAACUUUUUAUUCCAUCUGGGUUCAGAAGAAGCAUGGAUCAGUUGUUCACACCAUCAUGGCCUAGAAAGGCUAAAAUAGCCAUAGGACUUCUAGAAUUUGUGGAAGAUGUUUUCCACGGCCCCUAUGGAAACUUCCUCAUGUGUGAUACUAGUGCCAAAAAUCUAGGAUAUAAUGAUAAGUAUGAUUUGAAAAUGGUGGACAUGAGAAAAAUUGUGCCAGAGACAAACCUGAAAGAACUUAUAAAGGAUCGUCACUGUGAGUCUGAUCUGGACUGUGUCUAUGGCACGGAUUGUCGAACUAGCUGUGAUCAGAGUACAAUGAAGUGUACUUCAGAGGUGAUACAACCAAAUUUGGCAAAAGCCUGUCAGUUACUCAAAGACUACCUACUGCGUGGUGCUCCAAGUGAAAUUCGUGAAGAAUUAGAAAAGCAGCUUUAUUCUUGCAUUGCUCUCAAAGUCACAGCAAAUCAAAUGGAAAUGGAACAUUCUUUGAUACUAAAUAACCUGAAAACAUUAUUGUGGAAGAAAAUUUCCUACACAAAUGACUCUUAGUUCAUACAUUGUUGACCACUGUAGGAAAUUUACCACAAGAAAAAAUUUUGAACAUUUUAAAAAAUGGCUGAUUCAGAUCCCUGCCAGUGACACACCACUUUUUCCUGGUCCUAAGAAGCCAUCACCUUAAAAUACAUUUUAAUUGCUUAAAUGGCAGGAAGUAUUAUAAAGAAUCAGCAGGUCCAAAAAGAUUUCAUUCUGUCCUUUUAGAAACCCUGGUACAUCUCCUAGUACAUUCACUGUGUAACUGUCUUGACUGACUUAAGAUAACGCUGUGAAAAGCCUCAUUCCAUAAUGUCAGAAGUGAGUUUUAUAGAUUUACCUUAGCCAAAAUACCAUUGCUGGAAAAUUGUUUGCACUGAAGCUGCUGUUCAAGAAAAUUUAUAAAUUUACUAAUGUCUUAGCAUGGUGAAGUUUGCACAUUAACAGAAAUUAAGACUGCAAGCAGGUAAAUUAAAAUCACUCAUUUAUAAACA